CGCGCUCCCGCGUGACUCCGGUGCCCCCGCGGUCCCAGCCAUGCCCAGCCUCAGAGCUCGCCCUGAAGAGGCAGAAAUGGAGCCCUCAGUUCCUGGACCAUCCCCUUGGACCCCUACAGCCCAUGCCUGUGUGAAUGAUGCUCCCACCGUGACCCACCCUGGAUCUGCCCUCCGUGGUUCCCUCUGCUGUGGCAACACUGAGUUGAGAACCACCCCCCUUCACCAUCAGCAGCCAGAUUGGGACACCAGGACUGAGGGCAAGGAAUUUCUUCAGAAGGAAGAAGUUUCUGAGCAUUUGGAAUCACAGGCAGAAAUGUCAGGAAACUAUACCAGUGAUGUUUCCCAAGCAGCUGAGCUUGGAGAACUCUGUGAUGAUGUGUUAGAGAGAGACUGGGGAGUCCCUGAUGAGGACAGAUGGGUGCAGCCCCUCUACCGGGAGGGGGACUUCACACCAGUGGCAGUGCUUCUUAAGAGCCCCUUAGGGGAGAGAGAGCUGGACUGUGACAAUUUUGAGAGAAGCUUCAGCCUGAGCCCAAACCCCAUGGCAUAUCAGGGAAUCCCUGCAGAAGAAAGGCUGCAUCCGUACGACAUGUGUGGCCAGAGCUUCCGGGACAGCAUGGACCCGACUAGCCACGAGGGGCUUCACACAGCUGAAGGCCCAUUCAUAUGUAACGAGUGUGGGGAGACCUUCAGAGGAAAUGCUGAUCUUGUUCAGCAUCAGAUAAUCCACACCGGACAGAAGUCCUUCCUCUGCACUGAGUGUGGAAAAUCCUUCAGCCAGAACUCGGUUCUUAAAAAUCAUCAGAGGUCACACAUGAAUGAGAAACCCCACCAGUGCAGUGAAUGCGGGAAAGCCUUCCGUGUGCACGCAAACCUCAUCAGGCAUCAGAUUAACCACAGUGGAGAGACGCCUCAUGUUUGUAGUGAAUGUGGAAAAGCCUUCAGCCAGAACUCCAGCCUUAAAAAGCACCAGAAGUCUCACAUGAGUGAGAAGCCCUACGAAUGCAGCGAAUGUGGGAAGGCCUUCAGGCGGAGUUCAAACCUCAUCCAACAUCAAAGAAUUCAUUCUGGGGAGAAGCCAUAUGUGUGCACCGAAUGUGGGAAGGCCUUCAGGCGGAGCUCAAACCUCAUCAAACACCACAGGAUUCACACAGGUGAGAAGCCUUUCGAGUGUAAUGAGUGUGGGAAAGCCUUCAGCCAGAGCUCACACCUGAGGAAGCAUCAGAGGGUUCACACUGGAGAGAGACCAUACGAGUGUAACGAGUGCGGCAAACCAUUCAGCCGGGUCUCCAACCUCAUUAAGCAUCACAGGGUUCACACUGGAGAGAAACCCUAUAAAUGCAGUGACUGCGGGAAGGCCUUUAGUCAGAGUUCAAGCCUCAUUCAGCACCGGAGAAUUCACACUGGAGAAAAGCCUCAUGUGUGUAGUGUGUGUGGAAAAGCCUUCAGUUACAGCUCAGUGCUCAGAAAGCACCAGAUAAUCCACACAGGAGAGAAGCCAUAUGAAUGCAGCAUCUGCGGGAAGGCCUUCAGCCACAGCUCAGCCCUCAUUCAACAUCAGGGUGUGCACACAGGCGACAAGCCCUAUGAGUGUCGUGAAUGUGGGAAAACGUUCGGUCGCAGCUCCAACCUUAUUCUCCACCAGCGAGUUCACACUGGAGAGAAACCCUAUGAAUGUACUGAAUGUGGAAAAACCUUCAGCCAGAGUUCAACUCUCAUUCAGCAUCAGAGAAUCCAUAAUGGAUUGAAGCCCCAUGAGUGUAACCAGUGUGGUAAAGCCUUCAAUCGAAGCUCAAACCUCAUUCACCACCAGAAGGUUCACACUGGAGAGAAGCCGUACAUGUGUGUUGAGUGUGGUAAGGGCUUCAGCCAGAGUUCACACCUUAUUCAACAUCAGAUAAUCCACACUGGUGAGAGACCAUAUAAGUGCAAUGAGUGUGGGAAAUCCUUCAGCCAGCGCUCAGUCCUCAUCCAGCACCAGAGGAUUCACACUGGGGUGAAGCCCUAUGACUGCACUGCUUGUGGGAAAGCCUUCAGCCAGCGGUCGAAGCUGGUCAAGCACCAGCUGACCCACACCAGGGAGUGAGACAGGCUGGCUCCUCUCCAGCUUCUCUGGCCAUGUCUCAGCCUCUCCCACCUCCCAGACUUGAAGCUGGGCUCACCCACUGCCCUCCACACCCAGGUC